AUGCCGUCAACUGGGCUUCAAGCCCUUAUUCUUUGCGGGCCUGGCUCGUCAUUCCCAACAUUCACCUCUAACCCCGAUGAGAGCCCCAAGGCCCUCCUCCCUAUUGCAAACCGACCUAUGGUCUGGUACGCGCUUGAUUUCUGCUAUCGAAUGGGCAUCACAGACAUAAAUCUUGUCUGUCCUCCUACAGCAUCCGAGGCUAUCUCAACUGCUCUGAACACUAACCUUCAUCUAACUGCGCUGCCUUUGCCGCGACCCGACAUUCUCUCACCAGUAGAUCUUGAUCAAAACACAGGCACUGCUGAGAUCCUACGGCUGCCAGAGAUUAGGAAGAUUAUCACUGGUGACUUUGUGGUACUCCCUUGUGACUUGGUCUGCGAACUUGGAGGAGACAAGCUUCUACAAUCAUGGAUGGUCAAGUCAGCUAGUCUGACAGACAUGCUUGGAACUGCCAGACUUUCCAAUGGCCAUCGAUCAGUUCACAGCGGCGCACUUGGCGUUUGGUACGACACAAAGGCAGUUGCACCUAUCAAGAAGGAGGAGACAGACUUCAUUGCGACAACCCCAUUGCCUUCAUCUCCUGUUACACCAUCAAAGGGAUCUCUCUUCUCAAACUUGUCAAAGCUGGUGUACUCCAUGCCAACCGACUCCUUGAGAGAUUUGACAGAAGACAAGGGCUCACUUCCCAUUCGACACGGCUUGUUGCGUGCUCAUUCUCGUGUACGAAUGUUCACGACACACCGAGAUGCCCACAUCUACAUCUUCCCUCGAUGGGUUCUCGAUUUUGUCAAGGAUAACGAGCGAAUGGAGAGUAUUGGUGAGGAUGUUGUCGGAUGGUGGGCGAAGGCUGGCUGGCAAUCCGGUCUUGCCGAGAAGUUGAAGCUGGAGAGUGCCUGUGCCCAAGGUCGGGUUGAGGAGACCAAGGACGAUGAACGACCCAGCUCGCCUUCCCGAGUUUCCACACCAGAUAACAUCCAAAGUGAUUGGAACCCAUACGGAGACACGACUGCCGAGACAUCAGUGCCGAGUAUUGCAGUUGAUGACGAACCGUCAGCUGCUGAGAAGUCGAAAUCAUUCCAAGUCCCGCCGAUCGUUGCCUAUGUCCACCCGGGCGGGAGCUCAGCUCCUUUGAUUCGUCGUGUGGACACGGCACAGCUGUUGCUCGCUAUUUCACUUCAGCUAGCCAAGCUUCCAUCACUCGAAGAGACAGGCGGAGAGUCACCAUCACCAUAUGCACAUGCAAAGAAGAUCGCUUACCCUGAAGGCGUUAAAGCACGCACGACAAUCACACAAAAGGACAGCCUCAUUGCGGAAAAUGUCACUGUGGAGGAGAAGACCUCUAUCAAAGAGACUGUGAUCGGCGCCGGUUCGCAGAUCAACGAGGGUGCCAAGCUCUCUCAGUGUCUACUGAUGGAAGGAGUUGUUGUUGGAAAGGCAUGCAAGCUGACACGUUGUAUUAUUGGAAAGAGAGCAGUCAUCGGAGAUGGAUCUGUUUUGACCGACUGUGAGGUCCAGGAGAAUCUGCUCGUUGAAGCUCGAACUGAGGACAAGGACAACAAGCUCAUGAGCUCUGAGGGUUUGGAGGCCACAGAAGCUGAGAUGGAGGAAGUCCUCCAGGACAUGGAGGCUGACGCCGAGCAAGCAGUGAUGGAUUAA